AUGAACACGAAAAAGAAAGAAAAUUUUACCGUCCUGGUGUCUCCCGUCGCUUCUGUGGCUGUAGGUGAGAUCCAAGACUUCAUCUUGCGGGGUCCUACCAACAACGCAGAUGCCGCAAAACUUCUCCAAGAGGCCCAGGAUAACCUCAAGUUUGCAACCGAAACUGGUCACACUCCAGAAUUGAGUCGUAAUUUCAACAUUUGGUCGUUGCUUGGGGUUGGUUUUGCCCUCACCAACUCUUGGUUUGGUAUUUCCGCAUCUCUUAUUACCGGGAUCUCGUCCGGGGGGCCCAUGGUUAUUGUAUAUGGAAUCAUUAUCAUUGCGUCCAUUUCCUUGGGGAUUGGUGCUACUCUCUCCGAAUUAACCAGUGCAAUGCCCUCGGCCGCUGGCCAGAUAUACUGGACCAUGAAGCUUGCCCCAAAGAAAUAUGCUCCUAUCUUGUCCUAUUUGUGUGGUGCGUUUGCAUGGGCUGGUUCUGUGUUCACCUCUGCUUCCGUUACUCUUUCCAUUGCCUCUGCGGUCAUGGGAAUGUACGUGUUGGGUACCGGUGACCCCAACAAGACCCCUCAAACCUGGCAAGUGUUUGUUACCUUCGAACUCAUCAACUUAUUUAUCCUUCUUUUCAACAUUUGGGAAAAACCUCUCCCUACUAUCUCUACCAUCUCCAUGUACACCUCCAUCUUCUCCUUCAUUAUAGUGUCUAUCACUGUCUUGGCAACAAGUUCUGGUAACUACGCCACGGCAAAGUUUGUCUUUGUUGACUUCAACAACGCUACUGGUUGGAAAUCGUCCGGAUUAGCGUUCAUUAUCGGUCUUAUCAACCCAAAUUGGUCGUUCUCCUGUUUGGAUAGUGUCACUCAUAUGGCUGAGGAGAUUGUUAGUCCCGAAACUCAGAUCCCCAAGGCCAUCAUGCUUACUGUUGUCUUGGGUUUCAUCACUGCCUUCCUGUAUGCUAUUGCUAUGUUCUUCUGUAUUACUGAUUUGGACCAGAUCUUAAAUUCGAAUACCGGAGUCCCUAUCUUGGAUAUUUUUUAUCAAGCCCUUGGCAACAGAGCAGGUGCAAUUUGCUUGGAGAUUUUAAUUGUUUUCACGGCCAUUGGCUGCAAUAUUGCCUGUCAUACUUGGCAAGCUCGCUUGUGUUGGUCCUUUUCUCGUGAAAAUGGGUUACCAGGCUCUAGAUACUGGUCUAAAAUCAACCCUAGAACAAAACAACCGGUCAAUGCCCAUCUCAUGUCUACUGCCUGGUGUGCUGUCAUUGGCUGUAUCUACAUGGGAUCCACCACCGCCUACAACGCCAUGGUCACCGCCUGUAUUACUUUCCUGCUAAUUUCGUACAUUUUCCCAGUCGUUUGUCUUUGGAUUAAAGGUAGAGACAAUAUUGUUCAUGGACCUUUUUGGCUUGGGAAAUUUGGAUACUUUACAAAUUUCAUCCUACUUUUUUGGGCCUGCUUCGCCAUGGUGGUUUACUCAUUCCCUCCAAUAAUGCCUGUCACUGCUGGUAACAUGAACUACGUGUCGGUAGUCAUCUUUGUCUUUGGGAUAUAUGCCUUGGUGUAUUGGUUCUGUAGGGGAAAGUACAGAUUCCGUACGGUGACUGAUGAUACGGUGGCUGAUCCAGAACUUACGCAACAGCUUUCAAGCCAAGUUGAACAACUUGAAGUGAUUUUAUCACAUCAAAAGCUGCGAGCCGACAAAUAUUAG